CACUUCACUUCUUUCCAUUUCCAUCACCCCACGUCGAGCUAGCCAUGGCGGCCGCCGCCGGCGUCCUUCUGGUACUGACGGCCGCAGUAUUGCUCCUGCUGGUCGAGGGCGGCGAGCCGCCGUACUCGUGCGGGCCGCGGUCGCCGUCGUCGGGGUACGCGUUCUGCGACGCGAGGCUGCCGCCGGCGCGGCGGGCGGCGGACCUGGUGUCGCGGCUGACGGCGGCGGAGAAGGUGGCGCAGCUCGGGGACGAGGCCGGCGGCGUGCCGAGGCUCGGGGUGCCGCCGUACAAGUGGUGGUCGGAGGGGCUCCACGGGCUCUCCUACUGGGGCCACGGCAUGCACUUCAACGGCGCCGUCACCGCCAUCACCAGCUUCCCCCAGGUCCUCCUCACCGCCGCCGCCUUCGACGACCGCCUCUGGUUCCGCAUCGGCCAGGCGAUCGGCACGGAGGCCAGGGCCUUGUACAACCUAGGGCAGGCGGAGGGGCUGACCAUCUGGUCUCCUAACGUGAACAUCUACAGGGACCCAAGGUGGGGCCGUGGCCAGGAGACGCCAGGCGAGGACCCCACCACGGCGAGCAAGUAUGCCGUCGCCUUCGUUAAGGGAUUGCAGGGGAGCACGCCAGGGACUCUACAAACGUCCGCCUGUUGCAAGCACGCCACCGCCUAUGACCUCGAGGAGUGGAACGGUGUCGCACGCUACAACUUUAACGCAAAGGUGACGGCACAAGAUCUAGCGGACACGUUCAACCCGCCCUUCAAGAGCUGUGUAGUGGAUGCAAAGGCAAGCUGCGUCAUGUGCGCAUACACUGACAUCAACGGUGUCCCUGCAUGCGCUAGUUCUGACCUCCUUUCCAAGACCUUUAGGGGACAGUGGGGACUGGAUGGGUACGUUUCUUCAGACUGUGAUGCAGUGGCCCUCUUGCGUGACGCGCAGCGUUACGCGCCAACACCCGAAGACACCGUUGCCGUUGCAAUCAAGGCCGGGUUGGACUUGAACUGCGGGAACUACACGCAGGUUCACGGCAUGGCGGCGCUGCAGCAGGGGAAGAUGAGGGAGAGCGACGUGGACAGGGCGCUCACCAACCUCUUCGCCGUCCGCAUGCGCCUCGGCCACUUCGACGGCGACCCCAGGAGCAACGCGGCGUACGGCCACCUCGGCGCCGCCGACGUGUGCACCCAGGCGCACCGGGACCUCGCCCUCGAGGCGGCGCAGGACGGCAUCGUCCUCCUCAAGAACGACGCCGGCGCGCUCCCGCUCGACCGCGCCACCGUGCGCUCCGCCGCCGUCAUCGGCCCCAACGCCAACGACCCCGCCGCGCUGAACGGCAACUACUUCGGCCCGCCGUGCGAGACGACGACGCCGCUGCAAGGUGUCCAGAGGUAUAUCUCCAGCGUGAGGUUCCUCGCCGGGUGCGACUCGCCGGCGUGCGGGUUCGCCGCAACGGGGCAGGCGGCGGCGCUGGCGAGCUCGUCGGACCAGGUGAUCAUGUUCAUGGGGCUCAGCCAGGACCAGGAGAAGGAAGGUCUCGACAGGACGAGCCUGCUGCUCCCCGGCAAGCAGCAGAGCCUCAUCACCGCCGUGGCGAGCGCGGCGCGGCGGCCGGUGAUCCUCGUCCUCCUCACCGGCGGGCCGGUUGACGUCACGUUCGCCAAGAACAACCCCAAGAUCGGCGCCAUCCUGUGGGCGGGGUACCCCGGCCAGGCCGGCGGGCUCGCCAUCGCCAAGGUGCUCUUCGGCGACCACAACCCCAGCGGAAGGCUGCCGGUGACAUGGUACCCGGAGGAGUUCACCAGGAUCCCCAUGACCGACAUGCGGAUGCGCGCCGACCCGGCCACCGGCUACCCCGGCCGGAGCUACCGCUUCUACCAAGGCAACCCCGUCUACAAGUUCGGCUACGGCCUCAGCUACUCCAAAUUCUCCCGCCGCCUCGUCGCCGCCGCGAAACCACGUCGUCCCAACCGAAACCUCCUCGCCGGCGUGAUCCCGAAGCCGGCUGGCGACGGCGGCGAGAGCUACCACGUGGAGGAGAUCGGCGAGGAGGGGUGCGAGCGGCUCAAGUUCCCGGCCACCGUGGAGGUGCACAACCACGGGCCCAUGGACGGCAAGCACUCGGUGCUGGUGUUCGUCCGGUGGCCGAACGCGACGGCGGGGGCGAGCCGGCCGGCGAGGCAGCUGGUCGGGUUCAGCAGUCAGCAUGUCAGGGCGGGGGAGAAGGCGAGGUUGACGAUGGAGAUCAACCCGUGCGAGCACCUGAGCCGGGCGAGGGAGGACGGCACGAAGGUGAUCGACCGAGGAUCGCAUUUCCUCAAGGUCGGGGAGGAAGACGACGAGUGGGAGAUCAGCUUCGACGCAUGAACGACAUGAGAAGCCGAUUAAAUCUUGGAAUGGAUUAGUGCUGCAAUUGAUUCUUUCCGAUGAUUUAUUAUAAGUUGUUGUUGCGUAACUAAAAUUAAUUAAUUUAUCUUGUAAUUCGGAUGGGUUUGCCUCUAAUUAAAGAAAGGAGGCAUUUGUUUAGAAAUUAAUUUAAGGUGUAAUAAUCAGCUAUGAAAGGAUAAUUUAUUGGUGGAAAUUAGAAGGGGUAAUAAUAAGGUGUUUUUUUGGGUGUAGUUAUAUUUAUGACGCCAUAUCUUUCACUAAAAAAUAGUCGGCAU